AUGCAAGCGCAACCAAUUCCGCGGCGCUUCCAAGCAACCAAACUUCAGCACCAUGUCCUGAGAAGGCCAUCUAUGCGUCCAUUGAGGCGCGCUGCAUCUACGAAGGCCUCCGACAACACAUCCGCGUCAGCACCGCAGGACUCUCCACACAAUGACCCCAGCAACGAGCGCGACAAAUAUACCAACAAUGGCCAUGCAACCUACCGAAAGCACCCGAGCGGCAAGCGCGACUUGCCUCUCCCACCCAUAAUGGACCCUAUAUCCCUCGCCGCGCGGGAGCGCUGGACAGAGCCCAAGAUGCCAGAACCGCGCCGUGAAGACCUGACACCCUUCCAGCGCAAGCUCUACGCCAACCCAGCCGCUCACGCCCUCUCCACGUCCAUCCGCGCCGACCGCACCUCGACCGUCCUCCCCUCGUUCUUCUACCUCUCCCUACACCCAAAACCUCACCCCACCACAUCCGCACCCUGGAUGCUCCCUCUCGAACUCGCCGACGCCGCAAAACGCCCACCCAAAAAGAAAUCCAAAUCCAACAGCGCCGAACCGCAAGAUGCACAACAACAACAACAGAACAAGCCACACAGGAGCGUCCGCACCUCGCCGUCCUCCUACGUCGCCCUCCGGCAGACACACCUCCGCAACAUCCGCACAGCCAACAAGGGGACCAUGUGGGAGCAAGCCGUCAACACGCGGGCGCGGAUGAAGCUGCUCGGCCGCCAGGACGGCGACGGCGACGACGUCCCGCCGCCGCAGAACAAGCCGCACCAGAAGCUGGUCUGGCGUGAAGACAUGGACGAGAUGGUGCUGCGCCUGCUGCGCGACCUCGUCGCCCGGCGGCUGGAAUACGGCUUCAGCAAGCCUCGCGGCGGCGGCCUCUUCGCGCGCAUGUCCGACACCUCCUCCCCAGGCGACCCCAGCGCUUCACCACGACAGCCUGCGCCGUCGUCCUUCGCGGACUGCCUCGCGCGGAUCCCGGACGCGGGCGCGGUGCUGUUCCUGCGGCGCGUGACGAGCGAGGUGACGCGGGAGGUGGAGCGGCGGGUGCGCGAGUGCCUGGAGGCCGGCGACGGGCUGGUCGACCAGCUGGUCAAGAUCCGGGAGACGACGCGGCGGACGCUGAAGGAGGAGGUGCUGCCGCGCACGCACGGCAUCUUGGACGCUGGCGGGCCGAGGCUCCAGCCGAGCAUACUCUACCCGCCGCUGGACUAUCCGAGUGUGAGGUGCGUAGGGAGGCAAGAGGGAAAAGACGGCGAGGUGAUGGUGGAGAAGGAGCUACCGGUGUACGAUCUUGUGGAGCUGCUAGGGCCGACGAAGCUGGAAGAGCUCGUCAAGGGAACGGUGUGGGAGACGGAAACGGUGGUGGUGCUGAGAGAGAAGGAGACGACGAUUGGGGCACAUCAUGCGUUGAUGCAGUUGCAAGAUUACGUUAUUGAAUCAGUAUAG